AUGGUCACCGAAGGUCUGGCGGCAGCUUGCAGCACAUGUAAUGAGGGUCCAGCCGUAAACAUCGACAAGCCCCCGCGCUCAGCCCCAGCCGCAUCAGAAUCGCAGCCUCGAACAACGUCUACCACACUCGCCGAUGGCAUUCGAGACUUGAGCAUAUCUCACGAUGCCCAAUCCCACCGCCCGGCCCUGCGUCGAUCUCCAGGCACUGGCCCUGGCGCUGGUAAAGAUGGCACUGCCAUGACAGGCCUCGAUACACCUCCCGAGAGCCCACGGCCCUUGUCUCAGCAGCCACGACGAGACUCAAGCUACCGUAGGACUUAUGACGAAACUGUCACCCGCAAACAAGGCCCCUGCGACAACUGUGCCAUGACGUUGCCCCGCCGACAGCAGAAUGCCGCAGCAGUCCCGGAAGAUGUCAUUGACGAGCGAUCGCCAACCUUGCGUACCCGUGCGCCAGCUGAGCGUGUCUUUCUUCCUCUCGACCCAGUGGCCUCGCCGCCAAAUUCGCAGUCAUCUAGUGAUACUGAUGCGGAUCAUGACCUUCCAAGACAGGCACGCAGUAGAAGAAACGUGUCUACUGUGAGCUCUCGCACAACGUCGUGUUCCAGCACGUCCACGACCUCGGAACGCCACCCCAGUCACAUUCACUAUGUAGAUUAUACGUCUACACAUGAGCCAAUCCUCGCCGAAUCUUUUUCUCUAAUUCGAGCUUCAUGUCUGCGAGCCCUGACAUUUGAAACUCUGCCUCGAGCUCCCUCAACUAUAACGCCAACAUCUUCUCCCCAGCAUCACAACUCUCCCUCCUUUGUAACCACCCAAAGCGCUGGGGCGGCUGCAUCAGGCGGAGCCAUCUUCUUUGGCGAUUCCGCGACUGGAUAUACCACAGCUUACAUUUUUCGAAUACCCGAUGUCCAUGCUCGAGGGCAUAAACGUGUGUACGCCUUUCUGGCUCUCAGCACUCACAAAGAGAGACUUGCCAUGAAGUCAUUUACGGGAAUUUCAUCUACCUUUCGCGAGCUCGCUAUUUGGAUUCAAACCCUCGCCGAGGCUGAGGCAGAGCGCACUGCAGAGUCGUCUCCCAUCGGCAGCGUCAAGCACAGCGGCGGGCCGAGCAGCCAUGUGGCAUCAUCAUCCACUUCCGAGGCCCCGAUUGUGGACCGCAGCGGCAGCAGCUUUCUGACAGGCGGAAGCGGCUUCACCAGACGCAUGGGAGGUCCUGGCGGCGUUUCUGCGCUGAAAGCUCGUGGACUUGCCGAGCUCGUUGGGCAGCCAGACUUCUUCAUCAGUUUGCAUAAGAAGUUUGUUCAGCUGUUGUUCGAGGUUGGUGUGUCCCUAAAUUCAUAA